UCGUACGAACGAUGAAUACGGUUAACCCUCGGUAUAAAAACGGGAACGGGAACGAAAACGAACCAGACACCGACCAGACACAAUCCCAUCAUCAUCAUGUUGACGUUGAAGAUGUUGCACGGUGUCUUGGUCAUGUCUCCAUUAACCACGUUCCUGCUCCUGGUCACCUUUCUCGUUUUGCUCCUGCUGAUUGUCGUGCUGGUCCAAGAGAAGAAACAGAAACGAAAGUUGCAGCUGGAGAAGGAGCAAGAGGGAAAGCCGAAGCUGUUGGAACCGCCGACUCCGUUCAAGCUUCCUGUUAUCGGUCACUUGCAUCUGGUCGGAGGUUACGAGGUACCGUACCAGGCGUUCACGGAGAUCGGACGGAAAUACGGUGACGUGGUGAAGCUGCAGCUCGGUACCGUGAAAUGCGUUGUGGUAAACGGCCAGAAGAACAUACGCGAAGCUUUGGUCACCCGGGGACACCACUUCGAUUCCAGGCCCGACUUCCAGAGGUACCGUGAACUCUUCAGCGGCGACAAAGAGAACUCCCUAGCUUUCUGCGAUUGGUCCGAGACACAAAGAACAAGAAGGGACAUGUUGAAGGCCCACACGUUCCCUCGCUCCUUCACCAGCAACUUCUUCACUCUUGAAACACUGAUCACCAAAUAUGCCACCACUUUAAUAUCGAAAAUCGAAACCGACAAGCCAUUCGGAGUCAAGCCUUUGGUCUUGGAGACGUGCGCCAACAUUUUCACCAAUCAUUUUUGUAGCAAGGGCUUCGAAUACGGGGACGAAAGUUUCAAGAAGCUGAUCGAGAACUUUGACGACAUUUUCAACGAGGUGAAUCAGGGAUACGCAGCCGAUUUCCUGCCCUUUUUGAUGCCCUUGCACAGGAACAACUUGAGGCGUAUCAACGGAUUGACGCACGAAAUACGAAGCAUAAUUCUGGACAAAGUCAUCGAGGACAGAUACGACAACUACAACGGGGAACAGCCGAAAGACUACGUUGAAAGUUUAAUCCAGUACGUCAAAAACAACAAAGAUUUUAGUUGGAACACAGCACUUUUUGCUCUGGAAGACAUCUUGGGUGGGCACAGCGCCGUUGGUAACUUUUUGGUGAAGCUCUUCGCCUUUUUGGCCAACGAACCACACGUACAGAAGAAGAUACAGAAGGAAAUAGACGAGAAAAUCGGCACGAGGGACAUCACAAUCUUUGACAAGUCACUAACUCCGUACACUGAAGCUACCGUCUUCGAGGCUGUCAGACUGAUAGCUUCACCCAUCGUUCCCAGAGUUGCCAAUCAAACAAGCUCAAUCGGAGAAUAUUUAGUAGAAAAAGGUACGGUACUCUUUCUAAACAACUACGACCUGAGCGUUUCGGAUAAGUUAUGGGACAAACCACAGGAAUUCAUACCUGAACGUUUCAUAAAAGAAAACAGGCUAUUCAAACCGGAACACUUUCUCCCAUUUGGUGGAGGAAGACGAAGUUGUAUGGGUUACAAGAUGGUGCAGCUGAUUAGCUUCGGAUUGUUGGGAAGGUUGAUGCAGAAGUUUACCAUUGAAGCGGAUGACAAGUUUAAGAUUCCAAUUGGUUCUUUAGCUCUACCCAUGGAUACUUUUAAAUUUAGGUUUGUCAGGAGAUAGUUUUUUAUAUACUUUUGAUGUGUGAGCGUUGCUGAGAAACUGGAUUGUAUUUAUUUAUUGAUAAUGAAAGACUUGAUUGUAAAUAUUUGUAGGUUUAAGAAACUAUUUUUUGACACGUUUAAAAAUAAAUGUAUCUCAAAUA